GGCAAUACCCGAGAACAUGUCACAUUUUUCACUUGCGAUUUACCUCCUCGCUUCCCGCUUCCUGGGUAUCACUCUGAGCUCUUGAAUUCACCAUGGAUAUGAACUCUACUACCACGAUGACUAUGAUGAUGACACCCUGGUUGCAUUUUAGUGGUGGAGACUACUUGAUCUUCAAGACUUGGUUACCUGGGUCGAAAGGUGCAAUCGCCGGCGCUUGUAUUGCGUUGGUCGCAUUCUGUAUCAUUGAUCGUUGGAUUGCGGCCCUCCGACGUCACAUGGAGAUUCAAUGGGGAUCAAGGGCGCUUGCGCUAAUCUUGCAAGAGCAGCGUAAUUCCCAACAUAUUGACGAUAAAGCCAAAGACGCUAUCCUCUCCGAUAAGAUUGAUGUGAUUGAAGAAGCCUCUCUUCAAACCACCCCGGUCACAGUCCGCAGCCGCCAGAGACUUGUGCCUCCUUUCAUCCCCAUGCACGAUAUCCCGCGGGGGAUAUUCCAAGGUGUUCAAUCACUCUUUUCGUACGUCUUGAUGUUGGCAGUCAUGACGUUUAAUGCCUCGUAUAUUAUAUCCAUCGUUUUGGGUCUUGCCAUAGGCGAAGUCCUGUUCGGCCGAAUUGGUGGCUUGAAUGGAGGUCGAGUGCAAACGUGCUGAAGUAUAACUGAUAAACACGUUUGGCUCUACUUUUUAUAGUUUUCUUACUGUGUCCUUGCUAUUAGUCGCUUUCGUGUGGGUAGCUUCGUGGUUGCCUAUUAUACGUUAAUCGUGUACACCUCUCAAU